AUGCUGGGAGUUACAGACUACAUCGGCAAGCUGCCGGAGCCGGUUCAGUUGGUUCUGGCUAGCGUUGGUUUCCUGUUCCUCGCCAACAAGGCCUUGGGCUACGUCAAGUUCCUUCUCGGUGUUUUCGUGCUCGGUGGCACCAACCUCCGCAAGUAUGGCAAGCCCGGCACCUGGGCCGUCGUGACCGGUGCCUCCGACGGUCUCGGCAAGGAAUACGCCUACCAGCUCGCCAGCAAGGGCUUCAACCUCGUCCUCGUCUCCCGAACCCAGUCCAAGCUCGAGACUCUCGCCCUCGAACUCGAGGCCAAGUUCUCCGGAAAGGUCCAGAUCAAGGUGCUGGCCAUGGACUUCUCGCGCGACGACAAUGCCGACUACGACCGCCUCGCCCAGCUCAUCGCCGGCCUCGACGUCGGCAUCCUCAUCAACAACGUCGGCCAGAGCCACAGCAUCCCCGUCCCCUUCCUCCAGACCGCCCGCGACGAGCUUCAGAACAUCGUCACCAUCAACUGCCUCGGCACCCUGAAGACCACCCAGGUCGUCGCUCCCAUCAUGCAGAAGCGCAAGUCGGGCCUGAUCCUCACCAUGGGCUCCUUCGCCGGCUGGAUCCCCACCCCCUACCUGGCCACCUACUCUGGCUCCAAGGCCUUCCUGCAGCACUGGAGCACCUCUCUCGCUACUGAGCUCAAGGCCGACGGCGUUGACGUCCAGCUUGUCAUCAGCUACCUCAUCACGACGGCCAUGAGCAAGGUCCGCCGCGCGAGCGCUACGAUCCCCAACCCCAAGAAUUUUGUCCGUGCGGCGCUGAGCAAGGUCGGCACUGGCAUCUACCAGAACUUUGCUUACACUUACACGCCGUGGUGGACGCAUGCCCUGAUGCUGUGGAUUGUCGAGAACACCAUUGGUGUUGCUCACGAGUGGGCUCUUGCGGUCAACCUGAAGAUGCACGCUGACAUCCGCACCCGCGCUUUGAAGAAGGCUGAGCGUGAGGCCAAGAAGGCCUAA